AUGUCUGGGUGUACUGUAAAUCAAAGUUUGAUGUCAAAGAAAACGAGAGUACUUAUUCAACUUAUGUUUUCCAUAACAAUACCUCAGUUACUUUAUUUGAACAUCGCAACAUUCUUGCCUCAGUAUAGAUCUCUGAAUCACAAAUCUAUAGGAGAUGGAAUGAUUGGAAUUAUUUUAUCGUAAGAGUAUUUUAUUUCUUUAACCGAUGAUACUAGAAUGUUUCAAUUCUCGUUCCUUGUAGUUUCACUAAUCAUCGGUUAUUCUAUUAUAUGCAAUGAAUUUAAGGAAGAGAGAGAAAAAUACAUAGGUUUCAUUUAGACAUCGGCAGGACUGGGAAUCAUGGCAGGGCCAAUCAUUGGAUAGAUGAUAUAUAAUGAAGUUGGAUUCUGA